CGAAAAUUUUGUAUACCGGUCGGUACACAAAAUUUCGGCCGGUACACUUCAGCCCCCAAAUAAAAAAAAAAAAAGAUUUCCUAGCCCAAAACGAUGUCGUUUUGGACUAGGGCUUUUAAUCCUUGCAAAUCUGCAAUUUCAGAUCGAACAUCAAGCCAAACACUAAAGUCGAACAUCGCAUAGCCUUGCCCUCCGAUCCAACCCUUUUCACCGGUGGUGCAGGGCGUGCAGCUGCUGCUGCUCCUCCUUCCUGUUUUGCGAAUUGACGCCCUAGAUCUUAGACUUGGAAUGGAGAUCGAUUGGUGGGCUUGUAAUUUCAGAUUGAAUCUCUGCAGGGGAAAUGGUGGCCGUCGCAGAUCUGCAGAAGGGAGAAGGGAGAUGGUGAAGGUUGGAGGAGAAGGAACAAGGGUGAUGGUGGCCGUCGCAGAUCUGCAAAAGGGAGAAAGGGAGAAAAAUCGAGAGGCUUUCCGUUUUUUUUUUUUGGUCUGCCGUUUCUUUCACAGUUUAAAAGAGGGAAACUAGGGUUUUUUUUUAUUGUUAAAUUUGGGUUUUGAUGGGUUGGGCUAUGGAAUUGGGUUGGAACUUGAAUUAAAUUGUUGGUUGGCUCAAUAUUGGGGUGGAUUUGUAGAUUUGUUUUGGUAGAUUUCAUCCUCAACUUUUUAGUUUUUUCAAUUGAGUCCUUUUCUUGUUAUUUUUCUUGAAUUUCUUCACAAAAAUAUUUUAUACCGAUAAAUCUGAAACGGUACA